AUGAUCUUAAUUUCUCUGGUAUUCUUUGCCGUCGGCGCUGUGAUAUGUGCAAUUGCGAAUGAUUUCACAUUCAUGUUGAUCGGUCGGUCCAUCCAAGGCGUGGGUGGAGGUGGAAUCAUAUCCCUCAGUGAAGUUAUCAUCACCGAUCUUGUUCCUCUUCGAUGGCGUGGACAGUACUUUGGCAUCCUCAGCGCCAUGUGGAGCCUUGGGUCUGUGACAGGACCCAUUCUUGGGGGUGGCUUCUCCGAGAAGGUGUCGUGGAGGUGGAUUUUCUAUAUCAACUUCCCUUUCAUUGGAGUUGGCGGAGUACUGGUCAUUCUUUUCCUCAAGCUCAAGCUCGCGCCCAGCUCGCUGGUCGAGAAGCUCAGCCGAAUCGACUAUGUCGGAACGGUCAUUUUUGUCGGAAGCAUGUCCUCUUUUUUGAUCCCACUGAGUUGGGGUGGUGUCUCAUACGACUGGGACUCAUGGAGAACGUUGGUACCGCUCAUCGUUGGUGUAGUCGGUCUGUUCGUUUUCGCCUUCUAUGAGUAUCGCUUCGCGACUGACCCCAUCAUCCCCCCGGUGAUCUUCAAAAACAGAACGGCGACAGUUUCUUUCAUCGGGAGUGUGCUUCAAGGUCUGAUCUUGUGGUGUGCUCUAUACUACCUUCCCCUCUACUAUGAGGCCGUGAAGGAGUACAGCCCUAUCAUUUCGGGUGUUGCACUGUUCCCCGAGACGUUCACAGUGGCGCCUAGUGGAAUGGUGGUGGGAAUCCUCAUUACCGUUACCGGUCGCUAUCGAUGGGCUGUUUGGCUAGGAUGGAUCCUUUCGACAAUCGGCAUAGGUUUGAUGUGCCUCAUCAAAGCCAAUACCAGCAUUUUGGGGUGGAUCUUCCUGAACAUAGUACCCGGCCUUGGGCUCGGAAUUCUGUUCCCUGCACUUGGCUAUGCUGUGCAGGCCUCGUCGGAGCCCGAAAAUCUGGCCAUCGCAGUCGCCAUGUUCAGUUUCUUCCGUGCAUUAGGCCAAGCUAUCGGGGUGGCUGUUGGGGGUGUUGUAUUCCAAAAUCGCAUGUUCAACAAUAUCUCCAAAUACCCUGCUUUGGCUCCUAUGGCCAGUGCCUACAGCAAGGAUGCUGCGGGUUUGGUCCGGGUCAUCAAGUCCAUGCCGGACGGUGCCGACAAGUCAAACCUGAAGGACGCCUACACAGACAGUCUUCGAACAGUGUGGAUAGUUUGCUGUGGGGUUUCCGGGGUGGCAAUGCUGCUCGGGUUCCUGACUGAGCAUUAUGAUCUUGACCGUGCUCUGGAGACAAACCAGGGCCUUCAGAGGGAUGAUGACUCGAUCGAGGACGAGAAAGGCUGGAAUAUGCGUGAAGAACAUGCAGUUGUCAGGGAGACUCGGCCAUGGGCUUGGUAA